GGGAAAGGCCUCCUUGGGCUCUGAAGUGAGACGAGAGACUUACGACAGCGACAAACUUCGAAGAAAUCGUUUUCUGGGAACAGAAAUCGCCUGCGUACGGUGCAGUCUGAAAUUCGCAACAGAGCAGGGUUUCUAGUUGCAACAAAGCACUCACUCGCGUGCUUUAGCGCCCUGCCAUUCAAGCAGUUGUCGCCACAUCAGAGAUCGCUCCUGCAACAAGACAAAAUCCCAUGAAGACGACGAAGCUACAGCAGCAAUAAUGGCAUUCCCUUCUCGAUCGCUUCCAGGCCACUUUCGCCAGGGCUCCACGACUAGCAAUCCGCAUGCGCAGUCAACGGGGCAGUCAAGUGCGCUCCAAGCACGCAUCAACGAAAAGAAGGCCGAGCUAGACAACCUCAAGGAACUUCGAGACUUGAGUGCGGCAGUAGCGGGCCAAAUGGAGGCGCUUGAACAAAAGCUCUCAACCCUCUCUGAUGGUACAGAAGCAAUCGCUACUGUGCUUGGAAACUGGCACAACGUCUUGCGAGCCAUCAACAUGGCUUCAGCGAAAAUACCUCAACCUCGCGAUACCGACGAUUCCCAAUCGAGUGCGCAAGAAGGACCAGUUCCAGUCCCUCUGCCUCAGACACUGGUCCGAAUACCAACAGAGCAUGCUCCAACACUACAAGCACAUGCCGAGAAUGCCAUGGAAAACGAACAGAACUCGUCUAUCACACCCUGAGAGACCCUGAGAGACCC